AUGAUAUUUGUCGUGCUUCGCCGCAUUCUCCUAGGGCUCCUCUCUUCCGUCAAGGGGCUGCUCACGAACACCGCUGUGUUCUCGGUGGACUUCCUUCUGACGGUGUAUAACCUCAUCACACCAGACAAGCCCGUAGGAGCCGUCUUGCCCAAAGGACACCCAGGAUACGGCGGAAAGUGGCCGCAGUACGUUCCACCAGCCGAGGGCGACAGCCGCUGUUCAUGCCCCAUGAUGAAUGCCAUGUCCAACCACGGCAUCCUCCCGCGCGACGGGAAGAACAUCACGUUCCGCGAGCUGAACCACGCGGUGCAGCGCACGUUCAACUUCGCGCCCACCUUCUGCUUCUUUGUGCCGACGUACAUCGGAGGUUUACUCGGGCGGCCGUACUCCACGGGCCGAUUCGACCUCGCGGACAUCGACGCGCACAACUGCAUCGAACACGACGCGUCGCUCACGCGCGUCGACAGCUUCUACGACGCAGACCAGGGCCGUGUCGCGGUGCCUCUCGUUGAGGAGGUGCUCCGCAGCGGUACGGGCCCGGGCGGCGACCUCACGCGCGCGGACCUCUCGCGUCUGCUCGGGAAGCGGCGCGUCGAGGCGAAGCGCACGAAUCCCAAGUAUAGCUCUACGUUCACGCACAAGAUGUUCGGGGCUUCCAAUGGCUCGACGCUCCUGACGAUCUUCGGGGGGCGCGUGGACGACCUGCGCUCGCUCCUGCUCGAGGAGCGCAUCCCAGACGGGUGGGAACCGCGCGUGCGACACCGGAUGGGGCUCACCAUUGCGGAGUUCAACCUGACUGUUCUCCCUGUCGAGCUCGGCAUCAAGGAGGAGGUGGACGGGUCGAUCGCGCUGGCCGGGACCGAGCGCUACACGGCGGUCGGGUCGAAGAAGCACGCCUGAGCGCGUACUGUUGGCGAUUGAUCCGCCGCGGGGGGCGGACGCCUGUGCUUGAUAUAACCAUCUGGGGUUGUAUGGAGAAGCAAGUAUCAGUGAUUGUUUUCUUGUACUUAUCAAGGCGCGCGGGGAAGUGGGUGGAGUUAAUCUCAUCUAUCUUAUGGGACGGGGAGUUCCUGGAUAGCGCAGAUCUUCGGGAAGGCGCCGCACAGGGCACCCACGAACGUCUGGAUGAGCUUCGAGGACUCCGCCUCUCAAUCUC